AUGGAUUGUUUCAAAGAUAGAUUCGUUGAGGGACAGCUUCUGGAUGGUCGGUUCCGUACCAUUGCUCCAUUGAAUCAUGGUUCUUUUGGAAUGGUUUUCCUUGCCAAGGAUAACUUGACUGGACAAGAUGUCGCUAUCAAGUGCUUGACAAAACCUUCCACGUCCGAAUCUUGCUCUCCGAUGACUGCCGAUGACCGUUCCGAGGAAUUGAUUUGCCAUACUAAACUUGGCCAUCAUCCUAAUAUCGUCAAUCUUAUCCACUACUUUGAGACCAGUGCACAUAUUUACCUGGUCUUGGAGUACUGCUCUAUGGGUGAUUUGUACGAGGCCAUUCGUGUCAACCGCGGUCCCUUGGAGACCGAACAUGUUCGCGACUUCAUGUUGCAGCUUCUCGACGCCGUUGAGUUCAUGCAUUCUAACGGUCUUUAUCACCGAGACAUCAAGCCUGAGAACAUCUUUUUGAAUCAAGAUGGAUCCAUGAAACUCGGUGAUUUUGGACUUGCUACCCGAAAUGCUUCUUGUCAUGAGGCGUGCGUUGGUAGUGACCGCUACAUGGCACCGGAGCAAUAUGAACCACCUCAAGGGGGAUAUUCUCCCGCCAAGGCUGAUAUUUGGUCCGUUGGUAUCUGUCUUCUUAACAUCUUAUUUGCCCGCAAUCCUUUCGUCACACCCACUGAGUCCGACGUCUUGUUUGCGGACUAUGUCCGGGAUCGCCAGUCCCUUUUCGACAUCUUCCCCAACAUGUCCCAGGACACAUUCGAAAUUCUGCGGAAUGCUCUGUCCCUUGAUCCCGAGAAGCGUACUCUGUCUGGUGUGCGUGAUGCUAUCUUGCGCACGGUAACAUUCACUACGGAUGACGAAUCUCUGGACGAGUUCUGCACCGAGGACCGUGAUGUUGUUGCAGCAAGUGCCAACCGCGAGCCGCUACGUACUCCCUCAAUCCAGUCUCCUCACAUCAAUGCUGGUGACAGUUUUCCCUGGGCCAAGGCCCUCCAAUCCAGCCCUCCACAGCCUAUUCGCCAACUCUCGGCCAUCCCCGACACCGAAUAUUAUUCCGAAGACCUCUUUCCCGCUUCCGAGACAGCUGGCACUUCGUGGUAUUCGGUUCAUCCGGAGACAGCUUCGACUGCAUCUAUUUUCGAUUCUGUUAUGGGUGCUUCGUAUCAAUCCCUGGGCGCUCGUCUACAUGAGCCACUCAACUCUCGCCAACCUGCUCGCAUCCCCGUGAGCGGUUCCUUGCCCAACCAUGUUGCUAAGCCCUUACCUGCUAUAUCUUUGGUCUUCGGGAAUGGAAAAAGCGAUCAUAUUUCCAAGAGCUGGAGUGAUCUUUGGGACGAGGAGGAAUCGGAAACCGAGAAAGCUUCUUUGCAACAACGCCGGGAGAACAAUGCUCGCAGUUGGAGCCAAGAUAGUAAAGAUGCCACUAGUCCUGAACAUCCUGUGGGUCUCUUUGACUCUGAGAUGUCUCCUGUGACCAAGCCAGAUCUUGACAAGUCUGAGACUCUGUCCAAGUCGGUGCCACUUCCUAUUACGCCAAAGCCGGAGGCAGUGACGCCAGUUUCCCGUACCCGCCAUCGGAAUGCUCGACAGGCAUCUCCAAAACAUUCUGAUGUUGACAAGUGGGCAGCACUCGGCGACCGUCGCCGGAAAUACCGUUCUGACGAAGAAACUCCUCGCCUCAGGAAGCAACGUUCUAUGAAUCUGAGCUGGAGACGUGAUUCCGGACCCUCCAGCCCGCAGGCAUGGCGCAAUCCCUUCCUUGACAAAGAAUGGCGUCGCCAGGGACUUGAGCCGAAGGCGAAGUUGAACAGUGACUAUCACGGCAGUGUUGACGAAGAUCUUGACUUGGUCGGCGGGUGGCACGAUCUUCACCUGUAG